AUGCCCGGCGCGGAGAUCUACGAGCUUUCCGAGCUGCAGCGCGAUGUCCAGGUGGAGCUGCAGCGCUUCAGCGAUGCAACCGAGGCUCGCUUCGAGGAGCUCCUGGCGUCCACGGAGGCACUCUGCCAACGUGCCGAGAGCACACCGAAGCCCAACGAUGGCGCGGUGAAAGUGCGGCGUAAGACCUCCAAGGCAGGACAGCAUGUAGUGAAGCAGUGA